CUCAGCCCCUCCAGGCCCCGCGCCGCCGCCCGGGCCGUGACCUCCCCGCCGCGGCCACGGCCAUGGCGCAGGAGAACGCCGCCUUCUCGCCGGGGCCUGAGGAGCAGCCGCGGCGCCGCGGCCGCCAGCGCUACGUGGAGAAGGACGGCCGCUGCAACGUGCAGCAGGGCAACGUGCGCGAGACGUACCGCUACCUGACCGACCUGUUCACCACGCUCGUGGACCUGCAGUGGCGCCUGAGCCUGCUCUUCUUCGUGCUGGCCUACGCGCUCACCUGGCUCUUCUUCGGCGCCAUCUGGUGGCUGAUCGCCUACGGCCGCGGCGACCUGGAGCACCUGGAGGACACGGCGUGGACGCCGUGCGUCAACAACCUCAACGGCUUCGUGGCCGCCUUCCUCUUCUCCAUCGAGACGGAGACCACCAUCGGCUACGGGCACCGCGUCAUCACCGACCAGUGCCCCGAGGGCAUCGUGCUGCUGCUGCUGCAGGCCAUCCUGGGCUCCAUGGUGAACGCCUUCAUGGUGGGCUGCAUGUUCGUCAAGAUCUCGCAGCCCAACAAGCGCGCCGCCACGCUCGUCUUCUCCUCGCACGCCGUGGUGUCGCUGCGCGACGGGCGCCUCUGCCUCAUGUUCCGCGUGGGUGACCUGCGCUCGUCGCACAUAGUCGAGGCUUCCAUCCGCGCCAAGCUCAUCCGCUCGCGCCAGACGCUCGAGGGCGAGUUCAUCCCGCUGCACCAGACCGACCUCAGCGUGGGCUUUGACACGGGCGACGACCGCCUCUUCCUCGUCUCACCGCUCGUCAUCAGCCACGAGAUCGACGCCGCCAGCCCCUUCUGGGAGGCGUCGCGCCGCGCCCUCGAGAGGGACGACUUCGAGAUCGUCGUCAUCCUCGAGGGCAUGGUGGAAGCCACGGGAAUGACAUGCCAAGCUCGGAGCUCCUACCUGGUGGAUGAGGUGCUGUGGGGUCACCGCUUCACGUCAGUGCUGACCCUGGAGGAUGGCUUCUACGAGGUGGACUAUGCCAGCUUCCACGAGACCUUUGAGGUGCCCACACCCUCAUGCAGCGCCCGGGAGCUGGCCGAGGCCGCAGCCCGCCUUGACGCCCAUCUCUACUGGUCCAUCCCCAGCCGGCUGGAUGAGAAGGUGGAGGAGGAGGGGCUGGGGGAGGGGGCGGACGAAGAGGCUGGGGCUGACAAAGAGCAGAACGGCUGCCUGCCGCCCCCGGAGAGUGAGUCCAAGGUGUGACCAGUUUCCUCCAGAUCCCUGUGGCAGGGCCAGACACAGGUACCUGGGGAGCUGGUUAUGGAAGGUGGAGGAGGCCGCAGGCAAGGUCCCUGGGAAUGCACUAAAGCUGGGGAGCCUCCUCAGAAUCUCAGGUCUGGGAUCCAACAUGGAUGGGAGAGAUCCUGAUUUCAGGAGGACGGAGGGUGGGGAAUGGGUAAACUCGCCAGCCUGUCUGUGUUUGACCUUCACUUCUGUUCACGCGUGGAUGGAUGGACAGAGGAUGGACCUAUGCGGGUUGGAUGAGAAGGUGGGAGCAGAGAGAGACAGCCAGCCAGUGGAUAGGUGAAUGGGCCAACAGACCAACAGACAGGUGGUGUGCUCAGGGCUGCCGCUGACUCAUAGAGCAUCUUGGUGCAAAUUCUAAAAAGGCGCCUUUUCCCUCCAGACUGACACUACCCCAAACUAGGGUGCAUGGCUUGGGGAGCAGAGUGUGGGCUGGAGUUUAGGCCCCACUCACCUCCUCAGCCAGCUUCCCUGAGUCUGGCACACCUGUCUCACUGGACACAGUAGCCCAAGCUGACCCAGAGGUGAGAAAGCUGGACGGAGGCGGGCAGAGAUGAGGAGGGUGCCCUCCCAGCUCCACCCCUGCCACUGUGACAGGCUGAGAGGGAGGGCGAAAGGCUGCAGGGCGGCUCAGCUGGGUGUGAAUGACCUUGUCCAUGUGUGCAAGGAAACCGGCGAUGGGGGAGAUGCCAGAGCUGGGGCCCUGGGGCAGGGCCUAGGAAAGGGGAACAAGGGAUGGCUAUUUUCUGACAGUGAAGUGAGGUCUCGUGAGUACCACUGCAGGGGUGGGAGGGGAUAGAGAGGUUCUGAGGAGGAAGAAGGGCCGGGGAGAGAUGGAGAAACAUGAGUUCACUAGAGCUGGGACACGGGGUCCUCAGGAAAGCAGAAUCGGUCUUAGGGCACAGUGAGAGGGAGUCAUUCACGUGGUUCACUGGGUGCCCGUUGGGUCCAGAGCACUGACCCGGGCAUGUGUGGGGAGGACAGUCAGAGACCCGAUUCCUAUUCUGGGAAUACAGUACACGUGGGGAAAACAGAGAAAUAUGCCUGUGGCAGCUGUUUCAAACUGAGAACCUGGGCGAUCUCUCCAAGCACGGGGUGGAAGGGCUUGGUAAUCAGAAUUGCGUCAGGGAUUGCGUCAGGGAUUGCGUCAGGCCUGGAGAGUGACCUGAGCCAGCAGUCACGAACUUGGGUGGGCAUCAGGGUCCCCUGGAGGGCUUGGGAACACAUAUGGCUGAGUCCCACUCCCAGAGUUUCUGACUUAAUGGGUCUACAGUAGAGACCAAAACUUUGCAUUUCUAACAAGUCCCAGGUCCUGCUGACGCUGCUGGAACAGGGACCACGCUCCGAGAAGCCCUUCCCUAAGCAGACUUGGGGGUCCUGUCAGGAGGUGGGCAUCAAGCUGAGGAGUAGCUGAGGGUCCUUGGGGAGGAGACUGAAAUAUAAUGGGUAUGGAGAACUGCGGUGAGGGGAAAGGAGACCGUGAAACCAAGGCUGAAGAGUCCGACUCUGGGCCUAGGGACUCGCCCGUCAGUGGAAAUAGGGCUGUGACAAGCUAGAGAUGGUGUUUGGGCAAGAUGAGUAGGCAAGAUAGAUGGGACAGAGCAGUCGGGAAGGCUUCAGGGGAAGUGCUGCCAGGGUGGUGCUGAGCUGAAGUAGGAAGGGCAUCUGUGGCAAAGGAGAGAAUCCCACGUAGGACUUAAGAGGCAGGAUUAAAUGUGGGAGAUGUGACAGAGAGAAGCGAGAGUCCAAAUGUCUGGAUGUGACUGUGACCUGCCGUCUGCCCAGCUGGGGCAGGAGCCCCUGGAGAGGUGUUCCCACGCCACGUGUACCCCCUUCCUGGUGUCAUCGCGGUCACCAGGGACACCCCCCACCCCAGGAUUGUGAAGGAGGAGCAAUGGCGAGUCGAGAAGGGGCAGAGGUAGGGGGACCUGCCUCUGGGAGAGAUGUGUGCACACAGGCAGACACACCCUCCCACCACACGGGCCCAGCAGUGACCUCCAGCCCUUGGCCCGGGCUGCACCCCGUUCCUGUUCUUUAACAAAAGUCUGAGCCCCUUGCGGGGAAGCACCCCAGUGUGAUGCAUUCCAGGCUGGGAAGCUGGGGUCCUGGGGGAUGCUGUGCCUCCUGGAAGCAGGAAA